AUGAACGCGACCUUCCUGAACCACAGCGGCCUGGAGGCGGCGGGCGGCUUGGGCGGCGGCGGCGGGGCCACCCUGGGGAACCGCAGCCACGGGCUGGGCACGUGGCUGGGCUGCUGCCCCGGGGGCGCGCCGCUGGCCGCCACCGACGGGGUCCCCGCGGGGCUGGCGCCCGACGAGCGCAGCCUGUGGGUGUCGCGCGUGGCGCAGAUCGCUGUGCUCUGCGUGCUGUCGCUCACCGUGGUUUUCGGCGUGUUCUUCCUGGGCUGCAACCUGCUCAUCAAGUCGGAGAGUAUGAUCAACUUUCUGGUGGAGGAGCGCCGGCCCUCCAAGGACGUGGGCGCCGCCAUCCUGGGGCUGUACUGA